AUGACCUCCCUGAUGAAGCCAGAGGAGCAAAAGCACAGAAAGCACAGCAGCAUGGAUCCUUCCUUAGAUGUACUCUGCCUGGAGGAAAUCAGUCAUGAUACCAAGAAAUUCCGGUUUGGGCUACCUUCACCAGAUCAUGUAUUAGGAUUACCUGUAGGCCAACAUGUUUACCUUUCCGCAAAAAUCGAUGGUAAUCUGGUGAUUCGAGCCUACACCCCAGUUUCCAGUGACGAGACAAAAGGUUAUGUUGAUUUAAUUAUAAAGGUCUACCACAAAAAUGUGAAUCCCAAGUUUCCAGCAGGUGGGAAGAUGUCCCAGUACCUAGAUGACAUGAAAAUUGGAGAUAUUAUUGACUUCAGAGGGCCAAACGGGCUCCUUGUCUAUAAGGGGGCAGGUACCUUUCUUAUCAAGCCUCAUAAGAAGUCUGAAGCAGAGAAAAAGUUUGCAAAACAUCUUGGGAUGAUAGCUGGAGGAACAGGAAUAACUCCUAUGUUGCAGCUGAUCCGUCAUAUCACAAACGAUCCUAAGGACUCCACAAAAUGUUACCUCCUUUUUGCUAACCAGACAGAAAAAGAUAUAUUACUGAGAGCUGAGCUAGAAGACAUUGCUAAGAGGCAUCCUGAUCAGUUCACGCUGUGGUAUACGCUGGACCGACCUCCACAAGAUUGGCACUACAGUUCUGGCUUUGUCACUGCAGACAUGAUUAAAACCCACCUCCCUCCCCCCGGCAGCGAGACGCUCAUUCUCAUGUGUGGGCCACCACCUAUGAUUCAGUUUGCCUGUCAGCCCAACCUGGACGAGCUUGGCUAUCCCAAGAGCAGUACAUUUUCUUAUUAA